UUGAAAUCUAAUAAUGAUUCUUUGAAACUUCAUAGUAAAUUCAGUGUGCUCGCUAUUAUUAGAUAAUCUGCUAAGUAGUACACAUCUGUGUAUUCAUUGAAAUACGAGGAGACUGUUGUGAAGGUGAAGGGUUUUGAACAAUUGAUUUGGUAAAAUGAUUUUCAACUUUUACAAACCAACGGUUAACUACGGAAGCUGGGCUGACAGAUUUAGCAGUACUUGGACUUUUCUACUUCUGUUGAUAUUAGCACUUCUGACUGUGUGUCGCCACUACAAAGGACCAAAUUUUAUUUGCAAAACACCACCUGAAUUUUCACGACAUUUGAACGACUUUACUGACGAGUCAUGUUGGUUAUCCAGACAAAUUUUACCAUCUGAAUCAUUAUUACAAGGAUCUCUCUCAGGUUCAGGAGAUCUAAAUAUGAUGGUAGUAAUGGAUGACAAGGACAGUGCAAACGAAGACAGCAGACGAACCCUGUACCAGUGGCUUCCAUUAAUUUUAUUCCUGCAGGCACUUUUGUUUUUGUUACCCGACAUCAUUUUAAGGAUUUGUGAGUCAAGUUUUGGGUUUGGAUGCCAGAAGCUUUCAAAAAUGAUACAAGACUACAGGCAAUAUUCUGCAGACGACCGAAAAUAUUUGGCAAUAGAGAUAGGGUCAUAUCUUCAUCAAGAGUUUAGUGAACGUUUGCUUAGGAUCCUACCUUUUGGUAUUUUAACAGUAUUACUAGCCUUCGUGAAAUUGUUGUUUUUCGUCAAUGCAGCUACACAGUUGAUCAUUCUAGAGGGAUAUUUAUCACCCCAAAAUGUCACUUCUUAUGGUCAAUAUGUAUUCGAAAGUAUAAUCAACACCAAUUAUUCAACAAUAGCGUAUUCGCCUGUAUUUCCACGAGAGGUAUUGUGUAACCGUAAAUUUCUUCAAGUGUCGAAUGUGCAGUCGUACAUGUUUCAGUGUCUAGUACCGGUCAAUGAAUUUAACGAACAAAUCUGUUUCUUUGUUUGGAUCUGGCUUCUGGUAGUUUGUAUAGCGGCCGGUACCAGUGGGAUGUUGUUCCUUGUAAAGUCAUUAUUACCUAUGGUGAGACAAAGAUACAUUAAGAAGUACCUGAGUAUGUCAAAUAUUUCUGUCACGUCAGCUGAGGUCAGUUCUUUCAGUGGUACUACGAUAGGGCAAGAUGGUAUCAUAGUUUUAAAAAUGAUCGGCGAUAUAUCAUCUGAUAUCUUGGUAAAAGACAUUGUCAUUCAAAUCUGGAAUAUUCAUAAAUCAAAGGAACUACAGAAUAUGGUAUCAGUACAGCAAACGCCUUCGUUUCAAGAACAUAUCACCGGAAGUGCUUCGGGUGGUCAACACAUGACCAACUUAACGCCUGCUGCUUCCCCUGAAAUGAUUGCGAUGGAAAAAACUGGCGUGUAACCAUUGUAUAAUCAACAAUCAGUAUCCACCUUUAUAUGUUCAAAAAACUCAUUCAUAUAAAACAUAUAUAUAUAUUGAUGUUUAUAUAUUUAUAAGCAUGCAUUUUUUUAAACAUAUAUCAUUCAACGCGUUGAGACUCCUAUCAUAUUGGAAAGCAAAAACUUUUUAUAACUUACUUAUCUUAUGUAAACUUUUUAAUUGUAAUUCGGUAUAACUCACUUAUUUUAUAUAAACGUUUGUUCUU